AUGACAAUUUGGACAUCGUUAUUUCGAAGAAAACAAUUUCGCGGAGAUACACAUUUGACGUCAGAAUUAAAAAGAUGUUUGAAUGUUUUUGAUGUUAUGUUUAUUGCUGUUGGUCAUAUGAUUGGUGCUGGAAUUUAUGUUUUAACAGGUCAAGUUGUACAUUCUGAAGCGGGUCCUGCAAUUAUUAUAUCGUUUUUGUUAUCUGGGUUUGCUGCUCUAUUAUCAGCUUUCAGUUAUGCUGAAUUUGGUGCUAGGUAUAUUUUAUUGAGUUUCCAUUCAUUCAUAGAUCAAACAAUUAUUGUUGUAGAUUUCCGCGAGCAGGAAGUGCUUAUACAUAUUCAUAUGUUGCAAUGGGUGAAAUUUGGGGAUUUAUAGUUGGUUGGACAGUUCCUUUGGAAUAUAUGAUUGGAUUGGCUGCGGUUGCAAGAGCUUGGACUGCAUAUUUAGAUAAUUUAGUUAAUAAAAGAAUAUCAACUUUUAUCAUUGAUAAUAUUGGUCAUUUGAGUACAACUGAAGGUGGAUUCUUCGCUAAAUAUCCAGAUUUUGUGGCUUUUAUUCUACUGAUUCUGGUUUCGAUCGCAGUUGCAAUUGGGUCUAAAUUUUCGGCUAAUUUGAAUUCAAGUUUUGUGACUUUGAAUAUAGCUGUAAGCUGAAACAAAAUUAUAUCCAAGACUAACAGUAAUGAUUCAGGUUAUCAUUUUUGUUGUCAUAUACGGGUUGACAUUUGCUGAUUUUUCACUUUGGUCUGGAAUUGAUGAAUUUGGUCGAGAUAGAUUUAUGCCAUAUGGAUGGGCUGGUGUAAUUCAAGGAGCAGCUUCAUGUUUUUUCGCUUUUAUUGGAUUUGAAGCAUUAUCAACUGCCGGAGAAGAAGCAAGAAGUAAGUACAACUGACUUUCAAAAAAAUGAUCAUCAAAAAUCUUGAUGUUGUUUUUUGAUCAGUGUUCGCUUAUUUUUUUUUUGAUCGACCAUCUAAGAGGGUUCAAAAUGUACAAAGUAUAAAUAACCUUUAUAGAUGUAACAAUUUAUCAAACUGUAAAAUCAUGUGAUCAUGAAUCAAUAUUAUGCGACAAUUUACGAAAUAAACAGAAUUGUGUUUUAAACGUCAAAAAUAUGUUUUUUUCUUCGGAUCGUUGUGAGAAAUCUCAAAACCGUUUCAUUCUGUGUGUCCUAUUACAUUUUUAAUAGGUAUAUAGGGAAGUAAAUUUACUAACAAGGAAACGAUAGAAAUAAGAAAACAACCAAAGAACAAGAAAAUAUGAAACCGAAAGUUUUUUUCAGAUCCGCAUCGAACAAUUCCUUUAGCAACUUUUGGCUCUUUGAGUAUUAUAAUUGUACUUUAUGUGGCAAUGGGUUCAUCCUUAACAUUAAUGAUACCUUAUAAUCAAGUAGAUCCAGAAGCAGCAUUUUCAGCUGCAUUUGAAGCAAAAGGUGCAACAGUUGCAAAAAUAAUAAUGAGUAUUGGAGCAUUAGCUGGAAUGUUAAAUAAUCUUGUAACUGGAGCAUUUGCUCUACCAAGAAGUGUUUAUGCAAUGGCUGAUGAUGGAUUAAUUUUUGGAUUUUUUGCAAAAGUUAAUUCAAAAACAAAAACACCAUUAAAUGCAACUAUUGUAUUUACAUUAUUAACUGCUAUUUUGACUCUUAUUUUUGAUUUGAAUGCUUUGGUCGAAUUUUUAUCAAUUGGAACAUUAUUGGCAUAUUCAAUGGUAUCUGCAUGUGUUUUACUUUUAAGAUAUCAAGCAGAACCUUUAGAAGAAGAAUCACAACACAAAGAUAAUGGAGGACAAUUAAAAUCCUGGGUUCCAUUCAAAGCAUAUAUUUCAAAACUACCAGCUGGUUAUUCUAUAAAACUCGCUGUUUUUUCUCUUAUCUUUGGUUAUGUUAUUAUUGCAUUGACUGUGAGAUUACGUAAGUUUUUAUUAUAGUCUUUGAAAAGCUAAAUGUUUUUCAUUUUAGAAAUUUUGGACAACAUCGGUGGUAUUGUACUUCUAGCAGUCGGUGUUAUUCUAUCCUUAUCCUCAUUAAUUUUGAUAAUUGGACAUGAAGAAAAUCAAGCAAAAGCUACAUAUAAAGUAAAUCAAAAUUUUGAUUCAAUAUUUAAUUUUAUUUUGUAAAUUGCAGGUUCCCUUUGUUCCGUUUAUUCCAGCUCUUGGUCUAAUUUGCAAUGUUUUUAUGAUGAUUUAUUUGAAAUUUAUGACGUGGAUUCGAUUUAUUGUUUGGCUUGCAAUUGGUUUAUUUAUCUAUUUUGGAUAUGGUAUUCGACAUAGCAAAGAAGCAAGAAGUGUGAAAAUAGAAAAUAGUAAACCCGAACAAAAAUAA